AUGACGAUUACAGAGGCUGAAUUGACAUUACCACAUGAUAUUCAACAACAGCAAUCGAAACAUAAAGUUGGAUCUGAUGUUAUCCCUCCUAUUCUCGAAAGUGAGACUGCUAAAAGAAAAGGUGCGAAAAAAGGAAAGAAAGCAAGAGGUAAUUUAGAUCCUGAACAUAUUGCCAAAGUUCGUGCAGAAAGAGAGGCUAUGAGGAAAUCUAAACAGGAGGCAAUGCUGGCACAAGGGCUAGAUCCCGAUUUGCCUCCAGAAUUGCAAUUUAUUAGGCGACCUCUUUUAGCUUUAAGCAAAGCUGAGUCCACGGCCGGCUUCGAAUUCAAAAUAAUGACAUAUAACUGCUUAGCACAGGCUUUAAUCAGAAGAAAACUAUUUCCUGACAGUGGAGAAGCUGUUAAGUGGUUUAGAAGAUCAAAAGUACUUCUUAAUGAGUUCAAAUAUUAUGACAGUGAUGUGAUUUGUCUUCAAGAAGUUGACCGAAUUCAAUUCCAAACCUUUUGGAAAGAGGAGUUUGACAAGUUAGGUUACGAUUCACAAUUUCAUGCUAAGCCAUCUAAAAACCAUGGGAUCUCAAUACUGUGGAAGAGAAGCUUAUUCACGAUGACGGAUAAAAUGUUGAUUGAUUAUGAUAAGGAAAUUUCAGGUAAUAUUCCUCCGAGAACAACUACUAAUAAUGUGGGCCUAGUUCUAGCUUUGAAAUUUUCACCUAAGGUUUUAGAAAGAUUCCCGAACACCAGGAAAUCUGGAAUUAUUGUUGGAACUACCCACUUGUUCUGGCACCCAUUCGGUACAUACGAAAGAACAAGACAAUGUUACAUUGUAUUAAACAAGACAAAAGAAUUUAUGCAUAGAGUUAACGUUCUACAAAACAACAAUGAUGAGAUUAAAGAUCACUGGUACACCUUCUUUGGCGGAGAUUUUAACUCACAACCUUUUGACACGCCAUAUUUAUCUAUGACCUCGAAACCCGUAAAAUAUUCUAAUAGAGCAAAGACUGUUAUUGAAUGUAGUACAUCGUACACAUUUUCUAAGUCGCGAGAUGGUGAAGAGGAUGCUGAGGAUGAAGAAGGAGGUAAUAUUGAAAAAUUUGGCAAAGAUCAACCGGCUACGCCAGUUCCUAGCUUUUUUGAUGCUAGUUCAGAACAACAAAGUUUGGUAGCAAACAUGGAAAAGCUUCAUAACUCGCUAGAUAUGAGAGCAAUUUCUCUCUAUUCUGUGGGUUAUGGAACUGUCCAUAUUGAAAAUGCCGGUUUGGAUAACACGAGAGGCGAGCCAGAAAUAUCGAAUUGGGCACACGCAUGGAAUGGUUUGUUGGAUUAUCUUUUCGUUAUAAAAUCCUGGGACUUUUCUGACAAGAUUCAGGUUGAUUCUUUGAAAAAAUUUGAAGAUGAAAAUGAAUUAAAAGUAAAAGCUUUUUUAAAAAUGCCAACGAAGGCAGAAAUGGGCAAAUUUGGCCACGGUCAACCACAUGUUGGUGAGUACCCUAGUGAUCAUUUAUCCAUGAUAUGUAAACUAGAGUUGAAACUCUAA